CUUCCUCAUAAUUGUGAUGUAUCGGAUUUUACUUCCAUCAAAUCUUGUUACUUCCAUUCCUUCUUUCCAACCUUCCAACUCAAUUCCUCUAUUCCCAUAGAAAACAGCUGUAAAAAUGCGAUCCACACUCCUUCUCACCGCUAUCUUCGCCCCUUUGGCUGCCCUUGCUGCUCCGGGUUCCUACGAGAACAAGGGUGCCAUCAGUGCCAGACAAGCGGCCCCUGUUAAACCUACCCCAUGUGUGCGAGUUGUUCCGGAACCAUGCGAGGAGGAUACCAAAGCUCGAUUUGAGGCAUUUGCUAAAGCUUUCAUGGGACCAAACAAGAAUAUCGCUGAAGCUUUUACCUACAUUGUUCCGGAUUAUAUUGUAUGUCAGCCUUCUUUCUGUUAACAGGUCUCUAGACAGUAUUUUGCGUUACUGUUUGAAGAGGUUGCUAAUGGGUUAAUGAAAUAGAACCACAAUCCAAUCGCCGAGGAUGGCUUCGAUGCCGCAUGGGAUGUUCUCAGCCCUAUCUGGCCAACUGUGGAACUCACUCCAAUCCGCCAAAAGUUUAUAGCGCCUCAAGGAUGGCUCAACUAUAACACUUCGUUCGGUACCAUCGUUGAUAGAUUUAGAUGGGAGGGAGGCUGUAUUGCUGAGCACGUGAGUAUUCCUUAAUGGCUGAGAGAUGUGUAACUGAAUACUAACUGUUCUACUAGUGGGACGAGGGAGAGGUCUACCCAGAGGAGGCAUAGGAUACUUUUCAUGUAUCGAUUUGCCAAAAACACAUUUCUGUUUCUUUUUUCAGAAUGUAGCUGUACUGUACAAACAAUGAGCCACUUUCUUGGCUUGGGACUCAGCACUUGUAAACAUAUAUUUGCGAAUUACAAUAGACAUGUAUGAAUUAGGAAGC